GAGGAAUACCUUAAGCAGUACAGCGGUAGUUUGUCUUGCCCACCCACCUCCAACUCCGUUCUGUGGCAACCGUCCAUUUCCUUUCUCCUGUAGUACUAGCAGACUAGCGUUUCCAACUUAAACAGACAUGGCUGAUCAACUAACAGAAGAGCAGAUUGCAGAGUUCAAGGAGGCUUUCUCCCUGUUUGAUAAGGACGGAGAUGGGACCAUCACCACUAAGGAGCUGGGCACUGUCAUGAGGUCACUGGGCCAAAACCCAACUGAGGCUGAACUUCAGGACAUGAUCAACGAGGUGGAUGCAGAUGGUAACGGCACUAUUGAUUUCCCAGAGUUCCUGACAAUGAUGGCAAGGAAGAUGAAGGACACUGACAGUGAGGAGGAGAUCCGAGAGGCUUUCAGGGUGUUUGAUAAGGAUGGUAAUGGUUACAUUAGUGCAGCAGAGCUGCGUCAUGUGAUGACCAACCUGGGAGAGAAGCUGACAGACGAGGAAGUUGAUGAGAUGAUCAGAGAAGCCGAUAUCGACGGAGAUGGACAGGUCAAUUAUGAAGAAUUUGUUCAGAUGAUGACCGCCAAAUGAGCUGGGCUGACGUGACAAGAAUCUGUCAAAUGUUUCACUUACCUCUUAUUUCAAAAAUAUACAUUUAUUCAUACUGUUCUGUAUAGACAACUUAAACUGAAUGUUGGAAAACUGAAAAUCUGUCCAUUUUAAAAGCUCAAAAAAGGUAAAAGACAAGAAGAAAAAUCUAAAUGAAUUUGCAUGUACUGACUUGUAUCCCCCACCCUGCCCAAUCAGAUAUCAACUCGUAAGCCAAGCAGCCCCUCAGCAGCCGGCUGGGUUAGCCACUGCUCCUCUGCUUCCUGGUUCCAUCUGCCUGAUGUCAUGAUGAUUAUCUGGGCUGGCCAAACGCCUUUUCUCUAUGACUUCCUGUUUUCUUUUUGUUUUUCUUCAUGCAUGCAGCUUUAGGUGGGUUACUGUUAAGAGCCCAGUGGUAGAUUCUAGUAUUGGGCCCCAGGGUGGCCUAGAACCCACAGAGAAGAGGGACGACUUGGGUGAUAAACGGAUGCAGUGAGUGAAGCCGUGAUAGCUUUGCUGUUUGAUUAUGUAAGAGAAGUCCAUAAAACAGAGAUAUUUUUAAGAAAAAUGUUAAAAUGGAAUAAAUAAGAUCUCAUUUAGAUUCUAUGAUUCUGGCAUGUCAACAUACUCGCUUUAUCCUUUGUGUGUUUACCUUUUUUGAGGGUGAAGCUUGAUUGAGGUGUAGAUUUGAGCCCUUUGGAUGGCUACACUGUCGGAGGGCUUCAAAGGUGGUGAUACACAAUGGCAAUUUUGGGGCAAUAACACUAUCUUGAGUAUCAGUUUUUUGGAGUUGGAGAUUUCAGUGUGUUUAGUUGUGGUUUGUCACUGAAGCAUUCUCGGGUAGUGUCCUGCCUCAGACAUUGCAUGUGUAACAUGAUUCUGUGGGGUUUCAUUUCAGUUAAGUUGGGAUGGGGUCGGUGCUUUGCAGCAUUUUGAUCAUGUGUACGUGUGAGUCUGCGUGUGCGUGGGUGGGUGGGUGGGUGCGGCGAGGCCCGUCCCAGUCCAACUGUUCUGUUCUGUUCAGUUCAGUUGAUCUGCAUUCCAAGUUGUACAUGCUAGUCUUUGCAUUUUGUUUUUCCAAUAAAAUCUCAUGAACCAACAUCUCA